UGUAUUUCACGCAUGUGCCAACUUACAUAAAUACGGAAAAUGGCCACAACAGCGAUAACGAAACUCGCACCGGCAAGAAAGGCUCUGGCUCAACUAUGUCAGACUAGAUGUGCUCAAACAGCAGCCGCAGCAGCAACUCAAGAGGAACCUAGGUACAAGACAUUCAAAAUAUACAGAUGGGAUCCAGACAAGGCUGGAGACAAGCCCAAACUGGCAGAGUACAAAGUCGACCUCAACAAAUGUGGUCCCAUGGUGCUUGAUGCCUUGAUUAAGAUCAAGAAUGAGAUCGAUCCAACAUUGACCUUCCGAAGGUCGUGUAGGGAAGGUAUCUGCGGCUCAUGCUCCAUGAACAUCGGAGGGGUCAACACACUAGCGUGCUUGUGUAAAAUUGAUGCAAACACGAGCAAAGCCCUGAAGGUCUACCCGCUGCCUCACAUGUAUGUGGUGAAGGAUCUUGUACCGGACAUGAGUAAUUUCUAUGCCCAAUACCGGGCCAUAGAGCCAUACUUGAAACAGAAGAGUAUAGAGUCGGACGAGAGCAAGAUAGGACAGGAACAGAAUCUACAGUCUGUCAAAGACAGAGCGAAAUUGGAUGGUUUAUAUGAGUGUAUUCUAUGUGCCUGCUGCAGUACCUCUUGUCCAAGCUACUGGUGGAACUCUGAUAAGUACCUCGGACCCGCAGUGUUGAUGCAGGCCUACAGGUGGAUGAUUGACUCCCGGGAUGAGUUUCGACAGGAACGACUAAAGAUGAUGGAGGAUUCCUUCUCUGUGUAUCGCUGUCAUACCAUUAUGAAUUGUACCAAGACCUGUCCUAAGGGACUCAACCCGGGCUUGGCUAUUGGUGAAAUCAAGAAGAUGCUCGCACAAUACAACAAUAAAGCAUGAUGGGUUACCAUGGGCGACGAGGUACAACUUAACAGUGUAACAGAUUACAGAGAGUGAUGCUGCCCCAGCUUCAGCAGCAAUACCUUACAGACUUUAUGGCUGUGUUAUAACUACUCUGACUUUUCGUACUGAUAACUUCUGAUUGAUAACAAGAACACAAGGGACUUGUAUUCAUAAAAGCUAUUCCGGGUGUUUGCUCAGGCUUUGAUCUGUAAAAACUUUUCUAAGACCAGCUUUUCAUACACUUAUAAAAUUAGAAGUAAGUUGUAAGGUCUACAUGAAGCUAAGGUCAAAUUAUAUUUGAUUUAGGAAAUACAGAUAUAUCUUUAUGUUAGAAUCUGAUCAGAAUUAUUUGAAAUGUAAAUCUUUAAAUACAGUAUAGAGAAAGCUUAAGGUACAAUACCUUGAACUGUAAAACCAUUAUCAUUGGGGUUUUACUUUCGCUUAUUUAGUGGGUGAUCUUGGUACAUGAAUUUCAAUUUAUCAAUUUGGUCAAUUUAUUAAAAGGUUUGAAGUACUUACAUGAAGAUAAUCUUCAUCCACAGAUUUUUGUCCCCGCUAACUAGUGUUUUUGAAGAAGACCACAAAACUAUGAAAACAUUUGAUUUUACAGUCUGGCUAAUAUCAUAAAUGAUAAAUCAGUAAAUUAAUGCAUUUUAAGCAUUUUUCAGCUAAAUUGAAUUUGUUAUUGUUUUAGAAAUUAUGCAUCUCUCCAAUUUGUAUUUAUUUAUACACUGGUUUUAUUUCUGAGAGAAAUCUUUGUAAUAUUAUUUUGAAUAAAGAGUUUAUUAUAUGAUU